GGAAGCGAACGCACUUCUGGCGACGCUUUUGGCAGGGGAUAGAUAGUCCUGGAGAACCGUUGUCUCCGGGACCAGUGUAUGGGGAAGUGAAUCACCAGCAACCGAGCGACUGUCCAGGGGUCCCUCGCGCAGGAAGCCUAAUCGUCCUUCGAGCUCGAGCGGGAUUUCUGUUUGUUUCGCCGUUUUUUUUUUAAUUUCCACACUUUUGGCCAUUCGAUUCGAUUCCUGACUUCUUUGGGUGCGUGUGUUUUUUUCUUCUUCUAAUUUUUCCGUGGUGUGCCUGGUUCGUUCUCUUUCGUUAAGGAACUCGCCUCGUAGCCAUCUCAUCAUUGGUUUGCCAUUUUUAGUGUUUCUGUUUCCCCUCGUUCGUCUCUAUUUGCUUCUGUUUGCACGAUAUUUCUUCCUUUUGUGUCCAUCGCUUUCGUUGAAACCCGUACUCUACGUUUUGGCCAUCGUGUACGAUCGUCUACGCCUGAUUUUCGCCGAGUUUAGCCUUUAACCAUGUCCCACCGUGCACCGUUCGAUGACGAUGCGUUACAUUAGACAAGGCGUUGCUGGUUUGCCGACGGUGACUCUGGCCAUAGUGGUACUUUCCGUUUGGUUUGCACUUCGUCAUGUGGAGGCACAAGAAGGAGGGGCAAUCGUACCGAUCGAGAGCGAUGGAAGUGGGACGAGCGAGUAUUACCAUCUGGAGACGGACGCCAGUGCCGAAGUUAAGGAGCGUCAGAUGCAGGAACUGCGCGAUAAACUGUCCGGUAGAACGCUCCGUGUCACUACACUUCAGGACUGGCCGCUCAGCUACACGGCCAAGAUCAACGGAAGCAUCGUCGGUGGUGGGGUCGCGUUCGAUUUGCUCGAGUUUCUGAUGGAGAAGUUCAACUUCACGUACGAGCUGGUGAUGCCGCGGCUGAACAUUGUCGGUUCUUCGGACGAUCUGUCCGGAAGUGUGCUCGAGCUGCUAUCGAACGGGAGCGCCGAUAUGGCCGUCGCUUUUCUGCCAAUACUGGCCGAUGCCCGGCAGUACAUCCGCUUUUCGACCGGACUGGACGAGGGCGAAUGGAUCAUGAUCAUGGUACGACCAAUGGAGUCAGCCAGUGGAUCCGGUCUGCUUGCGCCGUUCAAUCGGGAUGUCUGGAUACUGAUCCUCGUCUCACUGCUAGCCGUUGGUCCGAUCAUCUACGGAUUGUUGAUCUUGCGCCACCGGUUGACAAGGGAUAAGGAGCAGAUACUGUACGGCUUACCACACUGCGUAUGGUUCGUGUAUGGUGCGCUCAUGAAGCAGGGCAGUACCCUGUCACCAACGGGAGACUCCACACGCAUCCUGUUCGCCAGCUGGUGGAUAUUCAUCACGAUCCUGACCUCCUUCUACACGGCCAAUCUGACCGCCUUCCUGACGCUCUCGAAAUUCACGCUGCCAAUCAACAAUGCCGAGGACGUGCGGCGCAAGGAGAAACAAUUCGUCACCAUCCGGGGCGGUGCGGUGGAGUAUGCAAUCAAAAAUCGCGAUGAAACGCUAAACUCGCUCAGUGUACUGGUAGACAAGCGGUUGGUGGACUUUACGAGCAACAUCAACGACAGUGAUACGUUGGCGGACCGGGUCGCAAAACAGAACUACGUGUUCGUACGAGAUCGGCCCGCUAUCAAUCAUGUGAUCUACUCGGACUAUCUGGUACGGCGUAAGAUCAAUCCGAUCAACGAGCGGGUACACUGUCCGUAUGCGACGGCCACUACUCCAUUUCUGAAGCGGAAUCGUGCCUUCGGCUAUCCCCUGUGGACCGAGUGGAACCGGCUGUUCGAUCCUGAAUUGCUGAAAAUGGUCGAAGGUGGUAUCAUCAAGUACAAGCUGAACGAUCGGUUGCCAAAGGCCGAAAUUUGUCCUCAGAAUUUGGGCGGUACGGAGCGACAGCUGAAAAACCGGGAUCUCGUCAUGACGUACUUCGUGAUGGUGACCGGCUUCGUGACGUCCAUCGUCGUGUUUGUGACGGAGCUGGGUUUCCGGUUGCUCAAUCAGCGAAAACUCAAGGAACAGCUCCGAUUACAUCAACAGCAGCAGCAGCAGCAGCAUCCGAAUGCCCGGAAAUCUCCAACGGAACGAAUUUCCUAUCUGGGUCAUCGGUUUGUGGCCAGUGAUUCCCCACCGCCACCGUACGCGGAAGUGUUUAGCCGCCAUCAACACGGAAUGCUGGGUAACGAGCGAACAGGCAAGCUGUUCGGCCUGAACCUCGCCUACGGGUACGGAUCGGAACAGGGCACCGGUAACCGGCAGAUGAUCAACGGUCGGGACUAUAUGGUAGUGCCGGAGAAGAACUCGCUCGGUCCGCGGCUCAUCCCCAUGAGAGCCCCUUCGGCGGCCAUCUUUCAGUACUCGUACGCCAACUGAGCAAGCGGAAAAUGGCGAAAACGGAACAUCUAGCACACGCACACACCCACACACCCGGAUUACAACAUCACCCUGGAGACAGAACGCGUAAGACGUGCUUUGCAGAUGAAGAUGAGCUGGAUCAAGCAGGACCUUGAGGUGAGAGGCAAUUUGCAGCGUUUCACCCCACAAACCACAUUUUCUCAUUCCUCCUUGCUACGAAAAAUGAUGCACUAUCGUGUGUUGAUGUGUGAAAAUGAUAAAUUAACCAGAUAACAAAAAAACUGAAAACGAUUAAAUGGCAAACCAGCGCUAGCUGAAGAUACCUACUGCACCGUGUGAUGUGUUCUUGCAUGAAAACAAUUUGAAUCAAAUGAUUAAUCAAUCAUACAUUUACCUUGCAACAAAAAAUAUAUAAAAUGGAUUUGAAAUAUUUUAUAUUACUCGCGUAACCAUCCCGCGUAACCACAUUACAUCUAGCUGAGUCCCGCUAGUACGCAUAUCAAUUGUAUUGCAACGUAUCGACAAAACUGAUACCAAAAAUGAAUGAAAAAAAAAACUAUAUUUUGAAAUACUCUAAUUGAACUUUAUCGAUCGCUAGAGGAGAUAUGAGGUAGCAUACCACACCUAGAAACAUACUACUUGAUGAAUACAAAAUAAUGCAUAUGACGAUUUACAUUACCAUGCUGGAUGAGAGAAGCGACAAUGGGAGUAUUGGAGGAAAAAGUGAAUCUUGAUAACAUAUUAUACCUUGCACAUUGAAUGUACCUCGGAGGAUUAGAUUGAAUUAGGUAGAGGGGUGAACAGCAAGUGCUGCAUCGAUUGCAUCCGCAUAGCUUGGUUCGCCUGAACGGCACGUCAGCGUAGCAGGAUGUCUCCAUUCCUCGGUUCGGUUCUUUCGACCCACACAAUUUACACAGAACGCGCACAGACCAACCCCUUACCAAGCAGUUUCACAAUAA